AUGUCCGAUAUCGAAGACUAUACCUACUCGCCCUAUGACGAUCUUGAGGACAUCCUGUGGGACGCAGACCCAACUCCAGAGUUGGCCGAUGACCUUGCCGAGCAUACCGUCCACAGUCCUGUGUACCAAGACGAAGACGCAGUCAAGAACGAGCUGGAUGAAUACUAUAGUGACUGGGAGUAUUACUCGGAUGACUACAUGGACGAUGACCCGACCUUGCUGAGAAAGAAUCCUCAAAUCGGCCCUACUGCCAAACCCCCUCCCGGUGCUGUCCAGGAUUCUAGACGGGGAAAGAAGCGGAAACUGGUAGAGACAAUUGACAUCCCCCUUUCGCGGUUGGACGAGGACAGACUCUUAGUCAGUGGCAUUAAGGGCACAAUCUGGGCUGAACCUUCAGGACGAAAGACUCCCGCGUUCAACGAUGGUCAAGAGGAGAGGGUGGCUCUCAUGAAGAAUUGGAAGGACAUUUUUGCCAUCAAGGACAACGGCUGGCAUCAAUCCCCAGAACGGACAGGAGACGAUGAGAGUUGGGCAAAGGACAUGAGUCUAGAAGAUAUGGGUCUCAGACACGUGCAACGGCAAUCGUCUUUUGAUCAAAGAACCCAACACGCCGAAGCCGAAUUUGAAGAGGAGGACGAAGUUGCAGAAAGUAUUGCAGAAGAAGUGCCGGGAAAGGAGCAUAACGAACACAGUGUGAAUUCGAAGGAAGCAUCUGCGCCGAAUUCGACCAAACUUCGUCAUGCUGUCGUUGGCAAAGAAGAUGAUGAAGGCAGAGGCUUCUCUCGAGUUGGCAAGGAUAGCCUCAGACCGGGAAAUGUGGUGUUACAAUCGGAAGAGUUGGGUGAUGAUGAAAUGCCCCGGAAACGGCGACGAGUAGAGGCAGGUCUUCCCUCCCCGCCAGAUUCAAGUGAAACCAUGGCUGCAGAUACGGAUGAAACUGAAGUUAUGUCGGAAGCCAUGGCGUAUCCAAAAAGAGACGGGCAUCAGAAGGACGACACCUCUGUAGUCAGCGGAAUAGAGAUUUCGCAAGGCAAACCGCCAAUCAUCAACGAACCAGGCCCUCGAAGGGAGAACAAAAGAAAGGCCACAGAGGAGCCUGACGAGGUUGGGCCUCCCAAAUCAACUGCCAGCAGCCGUGCAAAGAGAGUCGCAUCAAAGAAUGGAAGAAAUUCUCAAAAUGUCGCCGCCACCAGCGCGAGUUCGAAAAAUAUGAGCAAGCAGAACUGA